AAUACUCAGGGGCGCUGACAAAAACACACACAUUCGAACUUCAACUUCCCUUCGCCAGUUCACUUCCAUCCCUUCCUCUUGUUUGCUGCCUCGCCCUCCUCCCGCACCAAUGGUGAGGAAGCAACCACUGAGCUCUCUCUUCUAUGCCGUCAACCCGGCCAACCAAGACGCUACUCCACCAUCGUCACCUCCCACUCCGACGGCCACCCCACAGGCAUGGAUGUGGCCUUCCUGCAAGCACCCGACAACCAGUUCCUUCCGCUCACCGUCCGCUUCUGCGUCGGCAGCCGCCAAGAACGCCGCGGCCGCGUCCCUCUUCCUGGACUCCGCGGAGUCCUCCUCCCUCACCAACUCCUCCGCGCGCAUGCACCACGACUGCGCCGCGUCCGACAGCCUCUCGACCGAGUCGGAGCCCUCCGCCGCCGCGGCCGAGGACACCGCCGACGCCAUCGUCCGCGGCCUCCGUUCCGACCGCCUCCGCUUCGAGCCCCGCGCUCGCUCCAGCUCAAUCCUGGAGAAGAAACCCGGGCCUGGGCGUGGGCGCGGCCACGCGGCGGCGGGGCCGUUCGGAGGCGGCGUCCCGCUGGCCCUGGACUCCGCGGACCCGUACGUUGACUUCCGGGCGUCGAUGGAGGAGAUGAUGGCGUCGCGCGGCAUGUGUUGCGCGGGCGACUGGGACUGGCUGGAGAGGAUGCUGGGGUGGUACCUCCGCGCCAACGGCAAGGACACCCAUGCCGCCAUCGUCGCCGCGUUCGUCGACCUGGUGGUUACCACGACCACCGCCGGCUGCGCGUCCGGCAGCUCCUCCUUCACGCUCGCCGAGAGCGACCGGGAGAGUAGCAGCGCCGGCGGCAAUGGGUCUUUCCGUCGUCUGAGGCGGACCAAAUCGACCGUGUCAGGCUAGCUUUCAGUUGCUCUGUGCUCUAGAGAGUGUUCGUGUUACCUAGGUGUGUGUCUCGAUUGAUUUUGCGAUGUAAAGUACUACGUAGUAGAUGCAGUUCCAGAUUAAUCAAUCAGCUAGCAUCUGGUUCUGGUUAUUUGACGAUGACUUGUUCGAUGAGCUGCAAAUGGUCUGUAAUCCCUAUGGUGUUUGUAAGUUGGAGUAGCUCAGUUCACUGGGUGAAAGUAGAUAAAUUAAUUAUUAAUCAUCCUGUUUUGAAA